AUGACGGUUGCAGGACCAAAUAAAGUAGCUGCCCUGACGGUUGAUGAGAACACGCCGCUCCUUGUAACAUCCGAGGCAGAUUUGAAAACGAGACCAAAUGAGGAGCCUGCCCCCACUCCUAGGAAUGGCCACACAAAUGGCGAUGAUGAAGAUGCAGACAGGCCGUUACCCGCAUUCCAGAUAUUAGUACUUUGCUUUGCACGACUAAUUGAGCCGUUUGCGUUCUUUGGGAUUUUCCCAUUUAUCAACAAGAUGAUUUGGGAGACAGGAGGAUUAGAUGAAGCCGAUGUGGGGUUUUAUAGCGGCCAAAUUGAGUCUUCGUUUUCAUUAACUCAAAUGUUCCUCAUGAUUUCGUGGGGUCGAGCGGCUGAUAGGAUAGGGCGGAAGCCUGUUCUUGUCUUCUCGUUGGCCGGCAUCUCGAUAGCCACCGCUAUUUUUGGACUCAGCAAGAGCAUUCCGCAGAUGGUUAUCUUUCGAUGUUGUUCUGGAAUUUUUGCUGGGACCGUGUUGACUAUAAGGGCCAUGAUUACGGAGAACAGCACGCCCAGGACGCAGGCCAGGGCAUUUAGUUUCUUUGCUUUUAGCGGAAAUCUCGGCAUGUUCCUUGGUCCUUUGCUUGGUGGCGUGCUUUCCAGUCCUGCCGAGCAAUAUCCCGACGUCUUUGGACGAUUUGCAUUUUUGAAGGAAUUUCCAUAUGCUCUUCCUACUUUUGUGAACGGAAUGAUUGCGGCAGUGGCCACAAUUAUCUGUGGACUUUUUCUUCAAGAGACUCUAAAAAAGAAAGAUAAAUCGGAUGGAGAGAGAGAGGUGCCUAUGAGUGCAUGGGAGAUUGUCAAAUCUCCAGGCGUGCCCAUUGUUCUAUAUCUCUACGGACAUACCAUGCUGCUCGGCUCAGCGCUCACAGCUGUAUCCCCAGUCUUUUGGUUCACCCAUCCAGAAUUAGGUGGUUAUGGGUUCUCACCAAUGCAAAUCUCGCUUUUCAUGGGCAGUAUAGGAAUUUCCCAAUCCAUCUGGCUGCUCUUGGUAUUCCCACCGCUGCAACACGCCAUUGGCACUGGAGGCGUCCUCCGCCUAUGUUUCUACGUAUGGCCCAUAUUCUUCUUGUCAUCCCCACUGUGCAACAUGUUCCUCAGAAAAGGCUGGUAUACGGCGUUCUGGAUCGUAGCACCAGUUUUUCAGAUUGGAGGGAGUGGCGUUGCAAUGGCGUUCACUGGUGUUCAACUCGCACUGAACGAUAUCACACCCAACUACCAAACGCUCGGAACAUUAAACGCUAUUGCUCUGACCCUUACUAGUGGGAUCCGAACUAUAGGUCCUGCAGCAUUCACGAGCCUAUUUGCUGUGGGUGCUAGGACGCAGAUCUUUGAUGGAUAUCUAGUUUGGGUUGUGUUAGUGGCGAUUGCAUCAUUGGGAACUUUUUUGAUAAGGUAUUUGCCCGAGAAGGCCGAGGGGAGGCAGAAGAAGAUUGAAGGGGUGAUAGUGGUUGGUGGUGUGAUUGACGAAGAAUGA